UCACCAAAUCGUACACAAAUUCAUCAUCUUUUACCCAACAGAAAAGCUUCGUCUUCCUACUUCUUUUAUGGAGACAUAUCCCCGCCCCCCAUUGUUUUUUUAUCAAAAAACAAGAAAAAGAGAAGAAUGCUACCAUGAGUGAUCACCAUAUCUCCGCCAUCGGCCAAGACUUCCUUGUUGUUAUCAUCUGCAUCGCUCUCCUCAUCCUCUCUGCCAUCCUAUUCAUCCUCUGCAAGAAGCGCCAUGCUGUCGACCCCGACGACACCAGCCUUCCUGCUGCAUUGCACGCCCACUCCCAUCCACUGAGCGAUAUCGAGGCCGCCACCGACGGAUUUCAUCUGUCCCAAAUCGUUGGCAAAGGCCACCUUGGGACUGUCUACAAGGCUAUCUCAGCGACAGGCGACGUCUUCGCCGUGAAACGCAUCCACCCCCACCUUGUCCUCGGCAACCCCGGCGUCAGCUUCUCCUCGAGGAUCAGGUCGCUCUCCUUUGCCAACCAUCCUAACGUCGUCCCCAUCGUAGGCUUCUCCGAGGCACCGGGCGAGCGGGUCAUCAUCUCCGAGUUUGUGGGCAUGAAGAGCCUCGAAUACUACCUGCAUGGGAUGACCGGCGACGGCGGGCCGCCACCAGAGGCGUUAAACUGGGGGCUUCGGCUAAGGAUUGCGGCAGGGGCAGCGCGGGGCCUCGAGCACCUUCACGAGGGGAGUGCACCUAGCGUCGUGCAUGGGUGCAUUAAGCCUAGCAACGUCAUGAUCGAGGCCAACUUUGGUGCUAGGGUUUGUGACUAUGGGCUCACUUUCUUGAUGGGGCCUAGCGAGAGAAGGGGGAUGUUGGGGUAUGUGGAUGAUGGGGAGGGGUGGGGUGUGUGCAAGGAGAAUGAUGUGUAUGGAUUUGGGGUGGUGUUACUGGAACUGUUGAGUGGCAGGAGGAGCGAAGGGGGGUUGGUGGUUGAGUGGGCUUUGCCUUUGAUAAGGGAAGGAAAGGUGGGGGAGGUGUUGGAGAAGAGAGUAGGGGUGCCGAUGGACAUGAAGCCAUUGGCAAGGAUGGCGAAGGUGGCCUCGGCGUGCGUUGGUAAUGGGAGGAAGAGUCGGCCUUCGAUGUCUCAUGUGGCGGCCAUUUUGAGCUGCUUGGAAAUGCAUCCUUAUGUCUAAAGGUUUGGGAGAUUUUUGAGGGAAUAGAGAAAAAUGACCAUGGCCUGAUAUCCUCUCUUCUUUUUUGGGGGGCUGAACCAGAGUGAGACGGCCAUCGAAGGUAAGUCCUCCCAUCAUUUCCUGAAUGACUGAAAUUUGUGGAAAUCCAGUGUACUGUAACCAUGGUUAGGGAAUGUGAAUUAUAAACAUGCAGCCAUUUUUUUCAUGCU